GAGAGAGAGAGAGAGAUUUCUCUGUGAAUUAUUUCUCUCUUUACGUACGAUUUAGGCCCAACUGGCAGGGAAUAGAAGCUGAUUAGUGGUAUGUGCAGGCAGCAGCAGUGGUGACUCAAAAUCUUGAGAUUGUUUGCUUCGUGACUAUAACUCUUUGGUUGAUACACUCAGCAUCUAGUUCGAAGAAUGGCAUUUGCAACAUCAAGUUUUUGGGGCCCUGUUACUUCCACCACAGAGUGGUGUGAACAGAAUUAUGUGUACUCUUCUUAUAUUGCAGAGUUCUAUAACACAAUUUCAAAUAUCCCAAGCAUUCUUUUUGCGCUUAUUGGCCUCGUGAUUGCCUUGAGCCAGCGGUUUGAGAAAAGAUUUAGCAUACUCCACAUCUCAAAUAUGAUGCUUGCUAUUGGGAGCAUGCUGUUCCAUGCCACAUUGCAACGACUGCAACAGCAAGGUGACGAAACACCUAUGGUGUGGGAAAUGCUCUUGUACAUCUACAUCCUCUACUCACCAGAUUGGCAUUACAAAAGUACCAUGCCCAUCUUUUUAUUCCUCUACGGUGCACUUUUUGCCGUUUUCCAUUCACAGCUCCGUUUUGAUAUUGGUUUCAAAGUUCACUACGUUUUACUCUGUCUUCUAUGCAUCCCGAGGACGUACAAGUACUACAUUCACACACAAGAUAAACCCGCCAAGCGUGUAGCCAAACUAUACAUGAUCACAUUGUUGGUAGGGCUUUCGUGUUGGCUUUGUGACCGUCUCUUCUGUAACAACGUUUCCGUUUGGAACUUCAAUCCCCAGGGCCACGCUUUGUGGCAUGUAUUCAUGGGAUUCAACUCCUAUUUUGCAAAUGAAUUUUUGAUGUUUUGUCGGGCUCAGCAACGAGGAUGGAACCCUAGAAUUACGCAUUUCGUGGGGUUCUUGCCGUAUGUCAAAAUCGAAAAACCGAAGUCCCAGUGAAAGGAGAAGCAACAUCAUAUAUCCUUUUUUAUUUUGGUUUGUGUGGUCUGUUUUGUACCAUAUAUACACAUCUUUUCUGUUAUGUUAGGUUAGAUAUUGGCCUUUUUGAGAGGUUUGUUACUAAUGAUUGGUCAAAAUUUUGAUAUAGAUAUUUUAAGUUCAUAGCAGGUUGUGUGCCCAACUCAACUCUGGCAAAAAUUGCCAGGGAACAUGAUGGUUUCUGUACUUUGAAAUGGUUUAUUGCAAAAUUGUGGCUAAAAAGAUGCUCAUUCCUUUAUGGUA